UACGGUGCCCCCCUGCCAGGGUGCGGGAGUCCACUGGGACCGAGCAAUAAGUCGCUAAUCAAUUUUUGACGUGUACUCAGUAGGGACAUGCAACGUGGAACAUAGACCGCAGAUUGUCGCAGUCGCCCAUCAAUCGAACCUGAACCGUGGGAGAUAAUGGGGUUAUGCGGACCUUGAAAAUUGCCGGUUUAACCGCGGGAAGGCGUGGGAAAACCAUGAAACGUGGGAAAACCAAGAUUGUGUCAAGCUGUUGUUUGUCGAUUCCUAUCCCAGGCGAUGUUGGACGAUGUCGCGAAGGGUUGCGUUGGACACUGUUGGACAAGAGCUCCUCCUGUCCAAAAUAGAAAAACGCCGCCCGCGACAACGUAAUGGUAUCAAUCAACCUUCGCUGCUGACUCAAACACGGUGACCAAGUCCUCUCGGACCGCCCUUGGUCUUCUCCGAACGGCGAGCACAUUGCGCAUAAGCUGUAUUGUACGUCACUCCGUCAUCGUUCUGUGAAGGCGCCCGAGACGCGUCCGGAACUGCUCCCCGAAGUCGGAAAGGCAGGCACAUCUGGUUUACAUCACCACAGCUCGUUCUCACGUAAACACCUUCCAAGGUAGGAAGAUCCUCAGCCGCCGCUGCCCUCAUCCCCCCCAGUUUAGCCCAGACUGCUUGCGUGAAGUUGUGCCGCAUGCGCAAGUCGUGCCUUCUUCGAGCACAAUGCAGGACCGCCGUCUUGUACUUUCCCGCCACCCAAACGAACUAUUAAAGGCGCGCGCGUUCAUUUCCAGGGCCGUCACCACACUGUAAUCCGCCUCCAAUCCUACCUAUUCACCCGAGCGAUAACGCAUCGGACAUGUGGUUUUGCCGCUCUACGCCUCCUGCUCCCCGAUGCCCACACGGCCCUCGCUGUGCGCACUGCAACCCACGCAUGGCCUACUAUCACAUAUCACCUGCGCACACGAUGCACCAGGUGUCUAAUCCGCUUCCGUACAUGAUCCCAGCUCCGCCCAGCCCUCUGUCCACCGCCGGAGCCCCAGUGGCGACAUGGACGUCUCCGCGCACCACCGUCUGGCAGUACUCCAACGGGCGCGUUCAGUUCGACGAGAAUGGCUCGGAGUGGACCCCACGGCCGUCGAGUCUCCCUCAUUACAGCCCGUACCAGGCCCCAAAUUAUUGGCCGGGCGUCUAUCACGGAUGGGGAGGCUAUUAUACCUGAUUCCGACUCAGAGAGCCGCCCAUGAGGACGGCCGCUUUUGAUCACUGUAUUAUUAUUCUCGCUGCUAUGUAUCAUCGUUUGUACCACGAAUGGCAUGACCUUGUUUCCAUCUACA